AUGAAAGAUUCAAACAAACAGGCUGAAGAGCCUGGUAUAAAAAUAGCCGGCAGAGCUGUCUGGAGCAACCGGGCCGGCUUGACCGUCUUUAUAGCUGUCGGUGCGGCGGUCGUUCCUAAAAAACUUUCCAUAAGCAACGCCUCCGCGAAGCCGAGAGUGCACUGUGUGUGGUCAUUGUUCCCGAUGAGAAAACAAACAGAUUGAGAAGCAAGUCACGCUCGCUAUCGCGUUGAUGACCCUUCGGCAGAAGGUAAUUUGCACCUAGUGUGGCCUCAGGAUGGUUCCGAAAAGGGUCCCCGGGUGAGGCCUCAGGAUGGUUCCUUAGUGUCCCAUAUACAAUCUUUGUGAGUUAUAAUAGCUCCUAUUGCUAGACUUUUCUAGACCGACCUCUUUUCCGACGAUCUUCUCUUUGCCAAUCGUUUUUGAAGUUUGGAGCAUUUAAGUGCAACAAGAAACAUUUUUAAUCAGAGCCUGUUCAAAGAUUCUUGAUCAGAUUGAAGAAACGCAAAAAUAGCAAACUUGAAUGAGUUCUAUGCAGUUUCAUAGUAUCUUUAUCAGAAAUUUCUCGAAAAUCUCAGGUUUUAGAGCCAAAUUACCGCCAAGCAGCCGUUUAAGCUUUUUCGCGCAAACUAUGUAUUUAAGCUUUUUUAACCCAUGAAAGCGGCUAUCAAUGUUUUUAGAAAAGCUGCGAAUCAAGCAAAACUGUUCAUACUACACCGAAACUAUUCUUUUCAGUACUAUUCAUCUUUUAAUAUCUCUUUUCUCAGAUCCAGAAACCGCAUUUUUUCGCAAACUAAAAUUUCCUCCUUUUUACAAUCAGUCCUAUACUAUAAAUAUUCAACAAAAUUUUAAAACACUAGAUAAUUUUUCAAUUUUCAUUAAAACUGCUUUUAUUUUAAGAAGUCCACUGUCAUAGGAAAUGACUGAAUGCCAAAUGGUCAAAAACAUUGUUUGUUUUGAGCUUUUACCGAUACAUUUCAAGGUCAACACAGAGCUUGCCGCGGCAUCCAGUUCUCCUCCUUCGACGUUAUGGGAGAACGUUAUUUUCUCUCGCGACCUGUCUUUUUCGGAGCAAAAAAUGGACCGAAUGAGCAUGUUGACCUGUUCGAUGAGUCGGUCUCCCUUUUCGUCCAGUGUUUUCUUCAAAGAAAAAAUUCCAACACAACGUUCCGAAUUUUUCAGAGCUGCAAAACUAUUUUUGUCCAUAGAACGCCAUGAGAUCUGAAUAAGUUAAAUGAAAAGUAAAUAUGACGUCAGUUCAGUGAGCAGAGUCAUGCGAUUUCUUGCUUCUUUUCUUGUGGUAUAACCCAGUAGACAGUCCAACGAAGAAUUUAUCUCAAACUUGGGUAAUUAAACUUCAUAUGAUUGGUUGUGAUUUGAUUUACAACAUUCAGCAAAUCAAAUUUAAAGGCGGGAAGAAAAAUUGUGUAUCGCUUUUGACUCAAAAAAUGUUUAAAAAAAUGCUAUUCGAAUUUCGGUUUGUGUCCUAAAAAAUUUUUUAGCAAGGUUUGCAAUUUUUUUUUUAAGUAUCGUCAACUUGAUUGUAAUGAAAUUUUUUUGUCAAAAGGGGUUUUCUUACUGAAUAAAAAAAGUUUUCGAAUGGUAAACUUCUAUUUUCCAGAAAACCCAAGUUAAUUCCGCGAUGUAAAUCUUCGUUUUAGGAAAUUUCCUGCUCAGAACUUCAAUAUCUUAAGAAGUGAGAAAUUUUCGUCGAAAUUCUCGUCAAAUAUAAAAGUUCACUUUAUUCUCCGAAAGAAGUUGAAAAGAACUUUGCAGAAAAUCUUAAAAUGAGGGAAGAAGCUCUUUUUUUCAUAACUUCGGGGAAUCCUUUUUUUGAACUCCCUAAAAUCGAUUUGUUGCUUUUUCAGCAUCUUAUUGGUCAAGGAUGCAAAAAAAAAAAAAAUAUGAAAAAAAUUUGUGGAUUAAAAAGAUGUGUGAGAAACUUUUCAGUUUUGCCCGAGAAUGGGUAGUACCGACUUCAAAACUGAGACUUUUUUUUUGAUGAACCCAUCUUAUUUUAUUCAACAUUGUGCUUUGCGCAUUAAACUCAUUCAGCCAAAUUUUGUUUUUGGUGGCUUUAACCAGUUUCGCUAUUCCUAAAAAAAUCCGAAAUGCAAAAAAAUUUUUCGAUUAAUUGUUUAGAUCAAAAUUUAUACGUUUCAUCAAUUUAUCUACUUUUUAUCCAUCUGUAACUCUACUUUUAGUGAACUAUUAACAAAAAGUGUCCCAAGUGGUGUUAGAGCUCAAAGAUUAUGUUAAUUUGAGGCUGCUCUACAGGCAAAGUAGAGGUGAGAACGAGUGAGAUAAUUGGUCUGCGUCCUGCGAACGCCGUAAACGUCUCCAGCAAUCACUCAUCGAGCCUCAUUUGGUCUCUUAAAGAUGAUCAUCUGGUUACCGUAUGCGGUAAUAAGAGAUUAGAUGCCGAAGAUAGGAAGGAACGCCUCCCGACGAUCGGAUCGACCGUCAGACUUUGCUCGAUGUCGUCUACGAGUAGGUUGGCUCUUCUCCUGGCUCUGAUCCAUCUUGGAUCAACGGUAAGUUUGCUUCCUUCAAUCAUUAUUUUAACUUACCUUCAUAACAUCUCUUGUUCCAGAGUUCCCUCUACGAUGAUGUCGUUAGCGGGAAAGGACCUCUCAAUGAAACGCAGUUGCUCAGAUUCUUGGAAAAAAUGAACGAGCUCAAUAAAAUCCAGGCCGAUAUCAUGGGAAUCGAAGUAUGUUUUAAGUUUUUUUUUUUUAAAUUUUAAUGAAUCAUUAAAGAAUUUAUCAAUUUUUCAAUUUUUUUUCUAGUUAAAUAUUGUUGCAGCAAAAUAAAAAAUGAGCAAUAUUUAGAAAAAAUAUUCAGCGCAAAAAAGUACCAGCGGUCGAGCUAGAUAUAAAACGUAGAGCAACCGAGUCAAAAUGGGAUUAGUUCAAUGAAAAUAAGAAUAUUUAUACUGCAUGGUAAGAAUUCAGGAUAAAGUCGAUACCUUGAUCAUAUUGAUCAAUUUAUGAAAUUUUUUUGAAAAAAAUUUGAUUUUUUUGUGAAAAAAAUUAUUAUUAUUAUAUCGUUUGAGCCUUGCGCUGAGAUCAAAUAACUUAACAAAAAUCCGUAGAUCGUGUCCCAUGAUUUUGAUAUUUAGCUCACUGCAAACGACUCUCCUUUCCUGGCAAGCAUUCAAACGAAGAAACAAGAGGAUACCAAGCCAGAUCAGGUCCCUUAUUUAUUCGAAGGCGACAUGGUUUUGACAGACGAACAGAUGGAUGUGAUUAUCAAGUGAAUUUUGAUAUUUUUGUGACUAUUUAUGUUUUCAUCUGCUUCUAGGAACGCAAGAGAUCAGUACUGGUACCGCAAAGGUGCUCCUAAGCAGUACUACGCUCCAUCUCGUGCCAGAAGAUCCAUGACGUCCGUUUUGAGUGCGCGGUGGACCUUUCCGAUCCCUUACUACAUCAACAAGGCGACUGGAGGUACUGAUAAGUUCUCCAAAAGUUUAAUCAUAUUUUUUAUGAAUAUUUUACAAUUGAUUUCAAAUUUUUUUUCUGUUUUUAUUUCAGUUAGCGAAUCAGCCGUUCUUGAUGGCGUUGCCAAAUGGGAGCAAUUGACUUGUGCGACUUUCGAAAGGCGUUCUUCGCUCCCAUCCGGAAACUCUCUGGAGUUUAUUGCUGGAAGCGGGUCAGUUCAGACAACUUUUAUAACUGAGAACUUGAAAAUCUUGAUGAAGGGCCUUUUCAGAAAGCUUUUCUGAAAAAAUUAUCGAAAACGUUUUUUUAAAUGUUGAAACGAAAUUUUUCAAGGCUUUCACAAGAGAUAUAUCUGGUUUUCAUGAGUUUUAUGCAUGUCUAUGUUUAUUUCAUAACCUUUGCAUCGUGUCAAAUUCCAGAAGAUUUCUCGCAUGAUUCUGAGAUUUUUGCGAAACUAUUCAACAAAAAAAAAACAUUGAUUGAUAACCGCUCCAUAGUUUUUUGGCCUCCAAACGGAAGAUGCGAUCUUGUCAAAAGAAAUCGUCUCCCUAUUUGCUGAAACUGAAAACCGGAAAACUGAAAGCCAACAAGCGUUUUUUCCACUACUUUCUGGACGAAAGUUACUGCGGUCUCGCCAAAGACGCGUAGCGAAAUACUGUGUCAAUGAUUUCAAAGUGUAAAGUCAGCAGAAAAAGACAGAGAGCGGAGAGAAGUUCCCGCUUCCUGAAAGGAGUAUAAAAGACCUGCGAAUGAAGGAAAUGACAUCUCCCGGCGGCGCCAUGAGUAAGGUGAUCGUCUUCGGAUCCGCAGCCGUGCUGGCAUGUGUGUGCAUCUCGGUCUACACUAUGGGCUCACUUCUUGGUGAGCUUGACAGCCUCCAGAGUGAGAUCCAGGACGGCAUGAUCGAAUUCCGCGUGAGUUUUUCCUGAUUAUUUUCAGUCUGCACUUGAGGAAAAAAUAAUUUUUCUAUAUCAUGAAAUUUAGGAAAUCACGCAAGACACAUGGUCUCGCAUGCUCUCCAAGCACUUGAACCCAACUGGAUCUGCCGCUGCCCCACCGACGUUCAAGACGCUUUUCGGAGUUCGUCGUGCUCGUCAGGCCGGAAACGAACAGUGCAACUGUGGUCCAAAGAGCGAGGGUUGCCCUGCCGGACCUCCAGGACCACCAGGAGAGCCUGGACACAAGGGAGACUCCGGACCAAACGGAGACGACGGAAAGCCAGGAGCUCCAGGUGUCGUCAUCGCUGUCACUCACGACAUUCCCGGCGGAUGCAUCAAGGUUUGUUCUGAAAAAAACAAAUCAUUUUAAAGAUAGUUUGAUCUCAAAGCAGUUUGAAGCCUAAGAAGGUGUCUACAGAACUCGCAAAGAGUUUAAGAUUACAAACUCUAUCUGGAUUUAAGAAAAAGGAAAAGACUUUUUUAAUUUCAUACAAACUGAAAGAGUUCUCAUACUAAAGAUAUGAUGGGAAACUUCAUUUUUUCUCACCAUUUCAAUGAAAAAACUCAAAUGUGUAACUAAACCCUCUAUACAUGUUAAAAAUAAGUUUUCACCUGGGAGUAAGAAGAAAGGUUUGUUUUCAGUGCCCUGUUGGACGUCCAGGACCUCGCGGACCGCCAGGAGAGGUUGGACCAGCCGGACCACCAGGAGGACCAGGAAGACGAGGACCACCAGGAGGCUUGGGACCAAUUGGAGAAAAAGGACCAGGAGGAGACGCCGGAAGACCAGGAAGCGCUGGAAGACCGGGACCUGCUGGACCCAGAGGAGAGCCAGGAACCGAGUACAAGCCUGGAAACGCUGGCCGACCAGGACCACCAGGACCACGCGGAGAGCCAGGAGCGCCAGGAAGCCCAGGAGCCCCAGGAAGCGACGGCGAACCAGGCAAGCAAGGAAACCCAGGACGUCCAGGACACGCCGGACACCCUGGAAAGAACGGACAGAGAGGAAGCAACGGCGCAAACGCCGAGCCAGGACCAGAUGCUGGAUACUGCCCAUGCCCACCACGAGAGAACUCUCGUCCUCUUCCUCCAGCUCCUCCAGCUCCAGUUGCUCACCCAGCUCCCGAGCCCCAUGUGGAGGCGACGAAAGCACCAGCUGCUGUCGAAGAGCCCCCAGUUCAGGCUUCCGGCUACAACCGUCGUGCCUAGAUCGCAUGCUCACUUUUCUAGCCUUCUUUUCACCAAUAAAUAUAUGUCAAGCACUUUUCAUCUUGUUAAAAUCGCACUGCAUGAGAAAAAAAAAUGGAUAAGAAAUUAUGAGAAAACGCCUUUCUUAGUUGUCUAAUUUACAGUUGUUACUCCUACAUCGGAAAAGUUGGAAGAUCUUCGCAACAAGUUUCCAUUGGCAACGGUUGCACCAGCUUGGGAACAGUUACUCACGAAAUUGGUAGAGAGUUGAGUUCAUUCAAUGUUUAGAAAUUGAAUUAAGGUCAUGCCCUUGGAUUUUACCACGAACAAGCUCGUUACGAUAGAGAUAAUUAUGUGCAAAUAGUCACUCAAAACGUCUUGGCUUCUUACCUCAGUCAGUUCACCAAACAAUCGUUCUCGAGCAUGGUGGACUAUGGAGUCGGUUAUGAUUAUGGAUCAGUCAUGCACUACGAUCAGACGGUAUGUUGAUGGAAAAUUAAGGAAAACACAAAAAAGUUGCGACUUUGAAGGAUCGAUUCAAUAACGGAAAAAUCUCUCCGAUUUUUCGGACAUUUGAACAUUUUUCAGCAUUUUUGCGCUAAUAUGAUCAUAAUUGUGAAAAAGAAUCUUCAAACUGCUUGCAAAAAUUUUAUUUUGAAUAGUUUUUUUUAAGAGUUUCACUUCGAACGGAGGCAACACUAUUGCGACUCUUGAUACCAACUACCAGGCUACUAUCGGCCAACGUAUCGAACCAUCCUUUAUGGACGUCAAGCGCAUCAACUUUGCCUACUGCAACUGUUAGUUAUUUUCCUAUAUUCUGAAAAAUCACUCAUUUCAGCGACCUGUACGGCAAAACUGCCAUGUUUGAACGGAGGCUACACGGAUCCUAAGGCAUGCUCCAUCUGCCGCUGUCCUACUGGAUUUGGUGGAGCUCUUUGCAAUCAAGCCGCCACAAACCCGGACAGCUGCGGAGAAGGCGACUUGACGGCUACCAACAAGAUUCAAAACAUCUCCGCAAAUGGAAGAUUAAACUGCAACUAUGUUAUCAAGGUGAAUUUCUUUAUUUCAUUCUUUUUCUAAUUGAGAAUAUUUCUCAGGCACCUAAAGGAGCGAGAGUCUUCUUCCAAGUGACUUCCGCGGCUUUCGCUAGAACCGCACCGUGCAGUUCGAGCUAUUUGGAAAUAAAAUAUGAUUCCGAUUUGACUCGUGCUGGUGCUCGGUGAGUUCAAUACCUUCCAAAGAUUUUAAAACUGUCUCUUUCAGUUUUUGCACUUCUUAUCCGUCGAUUUCUCUAUCCGAAAGUGAGACCUUGGUCGUCAUCUACAAGGGUGGAUCUGGAACAUUCUUUAGCUUGAGCUAUCGUUAUGGUGAGUUCAAUUUUCAUGAAUUUAAAUUAUGCCAUUGUUCAGAUCCAAUCAAUUUCGUGACUUCCACGACUCCAACUACAUCAACUUCGACGACUACCACCACGACUACGACCACGACGACCACGACGACUACAACCGCUCCAACUACUACCACUCCUAAGAAAACAACAACGACCACACCGCGCCCGACAACCAAGACCACUACACAGAAAACUACCACAACCCCUAAAACUACCACUAGGAGCACUACGACCAAUCCCACGCUUCCAACCACUACUACGAUUUCAAAAACUACAACCGAACCGAGAGGACCUUGCGAGCCAUGGUCCAAGUGUACUGCUUCCUGUGGUGGCUGCGGAACAAAAUCCAGAAAGUGAGUAACUUUUCAUUACUUUCGAAAUGGAUAUUAUGAAAACAUGAAAACAAAAUGCUUACAUGACUCAAACUCUUCACCUCAUUCUUAUAGGAGAAACAAGCGGACGUAACUAUAAAUCUUUUGAUCUUAGAUGUUUUGCAAGAUAUACCUCUUAACUGAAGAUUAAAAACUAAUAAUUCGAAAAUUGAUUUCUAAAUUUUUUAUUUCAUUUUUCAAACGUUUUUACUUGUGGAAAUAAAUCGAAUGAUUUUAUUUGCACUCAUUUCCUAAAAACGUUUUUCAACGAACUUUUGAUUCCGUGAAAGAAAAACUAAGAAGAAUGUAGGUGCGUUUUUGUUUGAUGUAGCAGCCGUUGAGCCAAUGUCGCAUUGCAGAUGUGGAACCUACACAGAAAGCGUCUACUGUAACACGGACCCAUGCUCCGGUGGCUACUGUUGUCGUCCGUUCUUCUACGUCGUUCAAGGCUACUGUCUCAGACCUCUUACGCAACAAGCGGUAACUUCAAAGCCAAGUCUUGUUUCCCAAAAGAGCCAUAUUUGAAGAGUGACGCAAAGCCGAUGAGGUCGGUGCCGCACUUCGGACCAGAGGUCGAGGAUGAUACCAUCGAGGACCCCAGCGACAUCAUGGAAACAUUCCGUCAUCGCUGA